AUGUCCCAGCUGCGUCGCGAUACACACUCUUCAGAUACAUGGCUUCUAAUCACAGCUAAUCACAUCGAAGUCCAGACCGAUAUAAGAAGACUUCAGCCAAUCGAGACAGUUAAGUUCUUUCUUCUUCUGGAAGGUGUCAUACUCGGGAGAAGACUGUCUGAAGAUUCCAAGGUCCUGGACGGGAAGGACAAGUGGCGGGCCAAAGAACAACUCAUCAAGGAAAAGUCACUUUCGAGCCAACUGACAGGAAGUCAAGCGGGCGCCUUGCGAAGGAAGACCGCCAGUUCAAAGCAACACACAAGAAAUUUCAAGAUGGGCGGCACGGAGUCCAAGGCCUCCCACAAUGCUGCCGUGGAGGUGAUCGACUACAAAGAUGAGAUCUUGACGGUCGCGGUGUUGCAGGUGCUUCUUCAGACUAGUAAAGGCCUAGGAGCGGUCAGUGCAGCGGCGUAGUGCCGGUAACCAUACAUUGAAAAAGAUUGUGUCCAGCAUUUCGGAGCCUUAAUAAGUGCAUUGGGAAAGGCGGAGUCCGUUGGACUUUGUUCGAUUUUGGGGUUUUUCCACUUGACCUUGGUUCUGGGAUUUGGGUAACAGUUUUUAUCUUAUCUAUUGGUUGAGUACAAUUGCGAAGUGUAGGGUAGUAUUGGGUAUGCUUGUUGUGUGUGUACUGCUGUGUUGUAAUAAGUAGGGACUAAGGGACUUAUGGAAAUGUCACUAUAUACAUACAGUAGAAUCUUAUAGCUUAUAGCGUCAGUCCGGUUAUUGCGACGGAAACUCGAUGGCUUCGUUGGUCCCCAUACAAAUUUAUAUGAAAGGACCUCCGGUUAUUACGUCUGCGCUUUUAGCGACAAAUCGACGAGAUUUUUCAUAAUUCAACCGAAUAUUGCGUCGUGCC